AUGCUCAUACGAUCAUGCCUUGGAUCGCUCCCUCAUCUAAAGUCCGCCCUUUACGCCAUAUGCUCAACCGGGAGUAGCACCGGGUCGGUGUCGUGUUCGCAAACUAUCGUCCGCUGGGACCAUGAUCGCCGCCGGAUAUCGUCGUCUACCGUCUCAGCAGCACCUACACCGUCCUCAUUGCGGGAUCUCUCGAUACUUACUACUGAGGCACACAAUACCGUCGCUCGAGAGUGGGUCAAUGGGUUCAAAGAGGGGGAUAUACCCAAGGAGGCGCUGGAAGCUGGAUUCGCGCGGUCGAGUGGGCCUGGUGGGCAGCAUGUCAACAAGACCAACUCCAAAGCAAUGAUACGGUGUUCCCUUGGGGAUUGGCUACCCCCAUUCGUCCUUCCGCCUCUACGCAGCUCGCCGCACUACCUCCCCAAUCCUCCUUCUCUACUCAUCACCUCUCAACUCUCCCGCUCGGCUCCGCAGAAUCAAGCAGCCGCCAUGUCGAUUUUGCACCAAACGAUCAUUUCUGCCGCGCGGUCCGUCAUUAAGGGAACGACGAGCUCGGAGCAGAAGCAGAAGGUGCAGGGUCUGAUGAGGAGGGAGGAGGGGCGGCGGAGGAUGGAUAAGGAUCGUCUGAAGAGCAAAAAGGCGGCGAGGAGGGAGUAG